UCGUGUGUCUGCCCGAAGAAGAGCGGAACAAACAUGGCGGCGUCGUUGGUUCGGUUUGUCCGCGGAGGUCUUGGAAGGAGUUUUAACGCUGCGAGGACUUCGUGUCUCCUCCAGCAGCAGACCAGGCUGCAGAGCUCUACCACCGAGACCAGCCCCACCGUCAGGCCCAAAGAUGCCGUCACUCACAAUCAGCUGGCUGCGUUUGGGGAGUACGUGUCUGAGAUGAUGCCCAAAUAUGUCCAGCAGGUCCAGGUUACCUGUUACAAUGAGCUGGAGGUGAUGAUCCAUCCUGACGGAGUUAUCCCUGUGCUGACCUUCCUGAGGGACCACACCAACAGCCAGUUCAGGAACAUGAUUGACCUGACUGCUGUCGACAUCCCAACAAGGCAGAACCGCUUUGAGAUUGUUUACAGUCUCCUGUCGCUACGCUUCAACUCUCGCAUUCGCGUCAAGACGUACGCAGAUGAGUUAACACCAGUGGACUCUGCAGUCCCGGUCCACAAGGCUGCCAACUGGUACGAGAGGGAGGUGUGGGACAUGUAUGGUGUAUUCUUCGCCAACCACCCGGACCUGAGGCGUAUUCUGACAGACUACGGCUUCGAGGGUCACCCCUUCAGGAAGGACUUCCCUCUCUCAGGAUACGUGGAGGUGCGUUAUGAUGACGAGGUGAAGCGUGUGGUGGCUGAGCCCGUCGAGCUGUCGCAGGAGUUCAGGAAGUUUGACUUGAACACGCCCUGGGAGGUGUUCCCCGCCCACCGAGAGCCCAAAGAGGCUGCACCCAAACUGGAGGCUGGUGAGGCCCCUGAGAAGAAAUGAAGUCCCACUGUGUCAUCACCAUGUUCUGUCUGUUAGUGUCAUUUUGGGAUUCCCAGCCGCCCUCAACAAACACACCUGAAAUAUUUAUGUAAAUAAAAUACUAAUAGAACAAA